CUCGUAUGGGCUCAUCGUGGGGUUUUGUACAACAUGGCGACGUCAUCAAGUCAUCGAUUCUAAUUUCGACCUCGGAUGAGAAUCGAUACUAUUCUAAAAUAAACUGGGUAAAAGAUCUCGUGUCUACUUGCAGCUGUCAUCUCCAUCAACUCGGGAAAUAUCAGUCGGCGACUGUCGCAAUGGGCUGAAAAAAAAAAAAUCAGAA